GGUGGACUAGACUAAAUUCAAGAUGGCAGCGCCCAGGACAAGUUUGGAUGGCUUACAAAUACGGCUUGAAUUCAGUGGAGGAGCUGAAUUACUAUUUGACAAAGUGAAAUCACACGAUGUCGCAUUGGACACUUCAAAUGGAGAGCAAUGGAAUAUCAGAGAACUUUUAGUUUGGAUCAAAGACAACAUUCUGAAAGAGAGACCUGAGCUGUUUAUCCAAAAUGGCACUGUGAGACCUGGCAUCUUGGUGCUAGUGAAUGAUGCCGAUUGGGAGCUAAUGGGAGAGCUAGAUUACAAACUGCAACCUUCUGAUAGAAUAGUCUUCAUAUCAACACUUCAUGGAGGAUAGCAAUAACUUAUCUCUUUGCAUAAAUUGAAAUGUAUUUAUAAAGACCUUUUACAAAAACAAUUUUAUGAGAUAUCGCUCAAGUCACAAAGCCAGACGGCCACUUCAAGGUGAGAGCUAAACUUAACUGAUUUGAGCUGUCGAUCCAAAUCAACUGCCACCAGGGUUACACUGCCGCCUAAUCCUGGGUUAGAAACAGGGUUACGCACUUCACAGUCCUUGAGGGUGUAGGCAUGGGUAUGAUCUAGUAGGAGCCUGGUUGGUAGAGCAGAAUGAACUACCUUCCCAACUCGAGGCAGAAGUGUCAUGAUGGUCAUUCGAUUCCACAUUCUGCUACCUACACUUAUAAUAGUGAACUUUCAAAAAGCACAACAGGAGUGCAAUUUAUAUCAUAUCAUUGGAAGUGCUUUAAACUCAUCCAGAUAAGCCAGUUUACAAGAAAAAGCUUAAAGGAACACGUUGCCUUGGAUCGAUCGAGUUGGUCUUUGACAAGCGUUUUGUGACCGUUUGUUAUAAA